AUGCUUGAGUGUGGUACUCCAUGUGAGUUGGUUAGACAGUUCCUGACUAAUCUUGAACGUAGACAAAGAAAUCUUGGAAAAAGAAAGAGUAAGCUAGAUGGUUAUCGCGAAAAACUGCAGAAAGGUGAGGUUCUGAAAGAGGAACAAAAGAAGGCCGUCGAAAGCUAUGAUGGUGUGGUUCAGAACAUUUCGUUUGUGCAAGAGAUUGUGGCACAGACGAAAGAUCUUUUGUCGAAUAUGGAGUCAGUCGUUGAUAAGCAAAUGUCCCGACUGGAAGCUGAACAUGAAAAAUAUACACUUUCGUAUUUAAGUAUCCAUAUGUGCUUGGAACGUUUCUUUGCUUCCUUGGAUAUUCCGGCAGUUCGUUCAGCCGUCACAAAAUCUUCAUCGGAAACAGCCUCAAGUUGUUAG